AUGGGUAAAGGUAUUCAUCUCACUGCCGCUACUCGCUCAAAACUUGUCAUGGCAGAUCCUCCAACCCAUUCCUUCAAGUUCAUCCCUCCAAGCUUCUUAUUCAAUCUUUCGGUUCCAAGCUCUUUCUUGACGAACCUGAACGGAAAGAGAUGCUUGAAAGCGAUACUGAGACAUGGCCGUCACAAAUGGUCGGUAGACAUUAACGAUGGGGUUUUUGGUGACGGUUGGAGAAAGUUUGUGACAGAGAAUGGAGUGCAAGAGUUUGACUUUAUUGUGUUCAAACAUCAGGGAAACAUGGUGUUUGACUUUAUGGUGUUUGACCAAUCUACAUGUCAAAAACAUUACACAAAUCUAUUUGACGAAAUCGACGAAGAACCUCUUACAGAAUCUGAUACGAUCUCUAUACAUAGACGGAAGAAGCUAAAAAAGCGCAAGAGGAACGAUUAUGCAUCUCAAGACAAAGAAAUAUUUCAAGUUGAUGACAGUGGCUGUUUCGAGUCCAAAAUUACACCUUAUGUCAUCAAGAAAUCAAGAUUGCAUAUUCCGAUUAAUUUUGCAAGAUCAAAUGGAUUGAUUACCCAGAGGAUAUACACACAAGUGUAUCUAAUGGAUGAUACACGAAGGACAUGGCCAGCAACACUCACGAAAACUAAAACAGAGAUUUGUGUAACUGGUUGGCGUGAAUUCAUAGUAAAAAAUCACUUGAAAGUCGGAGACGUGUGUAGGUUUGAGCUUAUUAAAAACGGAGAAUUGCCUGUUUUCAAGUGCUAUAAUAAGGGAAAGAAUUUGGUGGAAAACCGUAUUCAAGAGAAGGGAACUAGUUCUUCGACUCUUACCAAUCACCCAUACUUCAUUUCAACUCUCAAGCCUACUACACUCAAAAGAUGGAUUCUGUAUCUACCUGCUGACUUUUCGAAACCAAAUGGUUUAAAAAUUGGAGAAAUGAUUCUUAGAGAUGAUAAAGGUCGAUCCUGGAAAGUUCAUCUCAACAAAAUGAAUAGAACAUCUUUUUAUCUUGGAGGAGGUCUCAGAUCUUUUCUAGUUGCAAAUGGAAUGAAGGAAGGUGAUGAAUUCAAGUUUGAGCUCCUCGAAAAAAAGGACAAGUCUCCCAUUGCCAACUUUCUGAUUCUUAAAAGCAAGCAGCAGAUUAAAUCCCAUAAAGAAGAAAAACUGUCACGGAAGGAAGGUUACAUUCUUUGUGAAGAAGAUGGUCACCCAUACUUCAUGGGAGAAGUGAAGUCCUGCAGCAUAAGAAAAUCAGUUCUGUUUCUGCCAAUCAAGUUUGCAAAGUCGAAUGGAUUAAUGAAUCCCAGACAGAUGACUCUGAAAAAUGUGGAAGAUGAAAGGUCGUGGACUGUGGAGUUAGAGAAUUAUAAGAAUAGAUACUAUUAUGUAGGACAAGAAAUUAACCCUAGUAUAAAGUCGAUUUUAGAUACACAACUAUUACCUAAUGUUGUUGUUGGCAAGUAUGACGGGGCUGGCUGUGGAAGUGACCGACAAGCUGGCAACGACGUCGUCGCUGGCAGAGGUAGGAGAAGGGGCGAUGGUUUAACAGUGCGUGCGACGAUGGCCUACAACGACGAUGGUGUGUACGACGUUGUGUGGGACGACGAUGGUGGUCAUGAAGUUCGACGAGAUGCAUGGGAGAAAUGGUCGAAUGUUUUUUUGAUGGUUGCAACAAAAUAG